CACAAACAACACCAAGCAGAAAUCUUGUUCUUAUUCUUGUCCACCAUACCUCGCAUAGCAUAUACAACCAUGGGUCGAUACCAUUGUCCGCUCUGCGGAUGGCAAAUAUAUGGGUCAAGGCCAAUGUCCUCAUCAUGGAAUCAAGAAUUUCGUGGCCUCUGCCGCUGUUCAAUCAGCAACCGAACUAACCUCACGGGUGUGGGUAAACAGAAUAGUGCUGCCUCUCGUUCCUUCUUCGCCCCACUAAACCCAACUGGGCGAUACGACGACCCUGGCUACAGGUUUUCAGAGCAAGACGUCGUUGGAACCCAUUUUUGUGAAAUCAACAACAAAUUCGGAUUCCCUGUACACAACAUCUGUUGGAAGUUACUCGAGGAGGCCAUAUACCCCAGCCCGGUGCCAAUUGAAAGGUUGUUCGAUGUCUUAAAAUCUUUCGUAUGGCCGUCGUUGUGCGUCGAUGGGCGGCUUGAUUGGCGCUGGAGAGAAAUCUCGCAGUCAGCAGAGUGUUCAUCGAAAGACUCAUUCCCUUGGGAUAUCACCGCCAACGCGAGCACCGCUAAUGUGCCGCCAUUCACAUCGGAUCCGUAUUUUGUCGACCUCCACGAGAUACUGAGUGAGCGGUACGGAGUCUACGAUGUUCCUCUUGUCCCCGAUAACUUGUUAUCCGGCCUAGUGUCAGGAAACGAUCCCUUCCUCUCCCUCCCGGAGGAGCUUUGCUCUGUGAUUGCCUGCUAUUUACCACUCCGUGACGCCCUCCAUGCCCGUUUGGCAUCGCGAUCCUUUUGGCAUCUUUUUGAUCGUCAACAGUUUUGGCGUUCUCAAUUUAUGGGUUUAAAUUCUGAACUUUCAUGCCUGUUUGAACUUCAUCGAGAUCCAUAUCAAGGGGCCCGUGAUUGGCGAUUACUCUACCACCGGAUUACCGACACCAGCAACGACUCGGAUGAGGAUGUCUGGAGCGGCCUUCGCAACAGAGGGCAAGCCUGGCAGAAGAUAUUGACUAUUGUUGACAUCCUGGAACUCUGUCCAACUCCAAACGCCGCGUUUACGAAGAGGGGUCAUUUGGCACUCUUGAAGCCCCGGCCAGACUGUACUCUACGAGUCGGGGGGAGUGCCGCAGAGUCCCUAGUCGGCACGGUGGGUCCGCUGCAAGUGGGAUGUUUCCGAAAAUCCGUACAAUCUCUUGCUAUCCCCAACGAGACAGUCCGAAUACCUGCGUCAACCAUAGAUGUGGGAUCCUUUACGUACAUCUCCGGCUUGACCAUUGUGUCGAAUUCGCAGACAGAAAGCGCUGGCCACCUGGGUCCCAAGGAAAAGGAGCGAUCCGUCACCCUAAACGCUGCUGAUCUACGGGGCCUCAACGUUGCGGUUGGUUUGAGAGGUAUCCACGCUUUGCAGUUUGCGGAUUCGGCAGGACUGACCCCUUGGCUGGGCGAUCCUCAUGAUGCUGCAAAAACAACGAGGCUUGGGAGUGUAUCAAAUAUUUCAUCACUGGAAGUCUGGUCCGAUGCAUUCAGAAUCGUCGAGAUUGGUAUCGUGAAGAAGCAAAGUUCCGAGCUCAGCGACACAGAAAAUAUCUCAGACUUGAGGAUUUUCGGAAUAUGGUAUCCCGAUAUUCCCCCUUCUCAACUCAACCUGAAUGAAGAGUGCUUCUUCUCUGCGAAAGCAUUGGCGGAGGGAUUCAGACCACUGUUCUGGACCCAUUUCGGCGGCCCAGGCGGUGUACAUCUGAAAAGCCUACUGAGAAUAUAUUGGGAUCAGCCGGCCGAAAUCAUCACUUUUGCUUAUGAAAACAAGGGGGUUCCAUUGAGCUCUCAGAGCUUCGGUCGGGCACCAGAACUUGAAUGGGACGACGACUCAUCGUGUUUUGAGCCUGACACUCAGUCGAGCACGUUUGUAAUCGAUGGACCUGGGGGAGAAAGAAUUACCGCUGUCGAGACUUGCCAGAAGUACCGGAAGACUGGCAGAACAUGGGAGUGUACAGAAGGCGUCCUAACUGGAUUCGAGGUUUUCACCAACCAGGGCCGAUCCCACCUGUUCCGGGGGGUCGAAGACGCCUAUCCGGAGGACUGGAGAGUUGAGACGAAGCGACUUGAAGUGCCUCCAGGGAGUGUAGUUACAGGGCUAUACGGGUUUUCUGUUCGGAAUUUGGGAUAUGGACUUGCAGCACUGGGGAUUAUCACCGAGUUGGAGGCUUGACUCCCAGCGCAAUCGCUCAGAAUUUCGGUCCAGGGCCAUUCAGUUCACAAGCUUAUUGGAGGUCCUCAUUCGUUGAACAACAAAUAAGCAAAAACAGAUCCAAAGCAACACUCAUCACCCCUUUCCCCGACGCCCCUCUUCCUACCCCAGUCAAAAAGCACAUCUCGGUAGUCCUCCCUCCACCCAAUACUGUGAACCACCACCUCAACCCCCAACAACCCCUUCACCAUCCCCGCCGCCUCUACCCAUCCCUUCUUGCCACCAAUCCCAGUAAAGAGGGUAAACUUCCCCUUCCCAGCUAAAUCAUGCGUCGAAAUCAUCGGUUCCUUCGACCCCGCUGCUGGAGCUCUCAACCAGGCGUGUGGAAGCCUCGAGCCGGGGUAGGUACUCUCGCGAUAGUAAAGAUCGGCGUGUGCGGGAGGUCCUGUGUUGGUCGGAGGGGGGCCAGUCUCAUCAUCGGGGUACAAAGCAUCAGACUGGUAGAGCUGGUUCAUCUCCAUUCCGAAACCGUGUCUUUCCACGUCCAACCCCUCGACCAAAAUCUGGAAUGCGAGACGUAGUUCCUCGCCUUGGGCUUUGUCAUCACCCAGACGGGAUAGGAUCUGCAAUUUGUCGGCUGUGUCCGGGUUAGGGACACCGAGAAGUGAAAACAGUUUGGCGUGCAUACGACCUGUGUCGUUGGCGCGUUUGACGAUUGCUUUACCGAUAGGCUGUCGCUCCGCGGUGUAGGAAUCCAAAAGGGAAAGGGAAGCAAGGGAUUGGUGUACGAAACCGAUUUUCCACGCGAGGUUGUACGCGUCUUGAAUGCUCGUGUUGGAGCCUAGGCCGUUGAAGGGGGGGUGGCGGUGGACGGCGUCGCCUAGGCAGAAGAUAUUGUUUUUGCCGGGGGUGGUGUAUCUUUCGGCGUAGGUCUCGUUGAUUUUCCAGGUGGAGAGGCGUUUGAGGGUGACUUUGACGGAGGGGUCGCCGAUGAGGUCGUGGACGUGGGUGAGGAUUUCGGAUGGGGUGGCGGUGAUGGCGGUGAUGUUUGGUCUGGCGAGCAUGACGAAGACCCAUUGGGUGAAGGGUUUGACGAAGCGGGCGAUGGCGAGGGAGCAGAAGUCUGGUUGGGGUCUGGUGGGGUGGAGGAGAAUGUGGAUGAGGCCUGAGGAGUGGGGGGUGAGGAUGUGGUUGAGGUCUGCGUCGACAAAGACGUUGAGGGCGAGACCGCCGCCGGGGGUGUCGUUGAAGGGGAGUUGGAGCUCGCGGGCUACCACGCUACGUGCCCUGUCGGCACCACAGAGAAACUUGGAGAUGACGGUGAUUUUCUGGUUGGUUAGGACGUCUUGGAUUACGGAGUGGACUUUGGAGGUUGUUUCGUCUUGAUGGAAUGAGACAAAUUGGCAGUCCCAGCGGAGGUGGAAGCCGUUUUGUGUUGCUACGCGGAGAAGGAUGGGCUCUAGCACUGACUGAGGGAGAUCAGCCUGUUCGCAUGGACUCGCCUGUUUGAACUCUCCCUAUGUCAAUCAGUACCUAUUCUACAGGCGGUCAGUUGGGAGACGCACAUAUCUGUUCGGAUCUGUCCCGCAGUUGUACGUCCGAGAGAGUUCCUCUCCCCCCAUGGUGGUGCAAAUUCUCGAGUACAUCAACAGUUCCUUGGGAGUUGCAAGUUGACGACAUUCCUCCUCGAGUCCAAUAUCGCGAAGGCAUUCUGGACUCUGUUAGCUCAAGUUCGUGUAUAGAUGUCAAGCUUCAUGUACAUGCCAAAGGUUGCAUUGUUUGUGUAGUGUGACCGGGGCGUCCUCACAGUCGACGACGCCUUGCUUAUGAUCAAUCCCAUCACCC